AUGAGGAAAAUUCAUAAGUCCACCGAUGAAAAGUUUAAAAAGAUCUUCACAAUUCUAUACACGGUGAGCGACGACCUGGAUCUGUUUAGCACUUACCAAGUGGACUGUCUUCUUGAAUGCCGUAUCAUCUCAGUGUCGGAAAAGGCACGUGGUCGUGGACUGGCCAGGGAACUCAUGAAACGGAGCAUUGAGAUUGCUAACGAGAACAAUUUUAGGGUGUUCAAGGUGGAUGCGACUGGAGCGUUCUCUCAACGCAUUUGUAGCAGCUUGGGUCUACGCGUGCUACACAAAGUGCGCUACGCCGAGUAUUUGAAUGUAUCCGGAAAACCCGUCUUUAGCGUCUGUCCUCCACAUGAUUCUCUUUGUGUUAUGGUCUUAGAAUUACCAUAA